AUUGGCUAAUUCGUCUGUCCUGUAGGAAUUACACUUCCGGUAGUUUGUUGUCUGUCCCAUUCCUUGGCAGCUCUAUGGUGAGAUUGUGGAGGUUCCCUGAAUGUUGAGCUGCAGAUUGGGGGUGUCUCGGCUGACCUCGGGCCCCUUCCUUCAGGUUGCUGUGAUGGACCCCCGGUGACGGUGGACAGGCUGUACUCCCAAUAAUAAUCUGCCAGGGUUUCCUACCAGCACUGUGUGUGUGUGUUAUUGGCUCAGUAGCCAUGUCUGAGAGCACAGCCAGCCAGAAUGGCAACAAAGUGCUCAUCAAAUCCGGGGGGAACCCCAACUUUGAGUUCCCACAAGACCCAGAGCUGGACUUUGAUGGUGAGUCUGUCCUUGCAAGGGCUGAUGCAAUGCCCCAGACAUGGAGAGGGGGCUGCACACAGCUGGUGCUCCUUCUAGGGCCAUGUGUACACACAGAAUACAGAUAUUAAUAUUAUUAUAUUACAGCCAUGUGUACACACAGAAUACAGAUAUUAAUAUUAUAUUACAGCCAUGUGUACACAUAGAAUACAGAUAUUAAUAUUAUAUUACAGCCAUGUGUACACACAGAAUACAGAUAUUAAUAUUAUUAUAUUACAGCCAUGUGUACACACAGAAUACAGAUAUUAUUAUUAUAUUACAGCCAUGUGUACACAUAGAAUACAGAUAUUAUUAUUAUAUUACAGCCAUGUGUACACAUAGAAUACAGAUAUUAUUAUUAUAUUACAGCCAUGUGUACACACAGAAUACAGAUAUUAUAUUACAGCCAUGUGUACACACAGAAUACAGAUAUUAUUAUUAUAUUACAGCCAUGUGUACACACAGAAUACAGAUAUUAUUAUUAUUAUAUUACAGCCAUGUGUACACACAGAAUACAGAUAUUAAUAUUAUUAUAUUACAGCCAUGUGUACACACAGAAUACAGAUAUUAAUAUUAUUAUAUUACAGCCAUGUGUACACACAGAAUACAGAUAUUAAUAUUAUUAUAUUACAGCCAUGUGUACACACAGAAUACAGAUAUUAAUAUUAUUAUAUUACAGCCAUGUGUACACACAGAAUACAGAUAUUAAUAUUAUUAUAUUACAGCCAUGUGUACACAUAGAAUACAGAUAUUAUUAUUAUAUUACAGCCAUGUGUACACACAGAAUACAGAUAUUAUAUUACAGCCAUGUGUACACACAGAAUACAGAUAUUAAUAUUAUUAUAUUACAGCCAUGUGUACACACAGAAUACAGAUAUUAAUAUUAUUAUAUUACAGCCAUGUGUACACACAGAAUACAGAUAUUAAUAUUAUAUUACAGCCAUGUGUACACACAGAAUACAGAUAUUAAUAUUAUUAUAUUACAGCCAUGUGUACACACAGAAUACAGAUAUUAAUAUUAUAUUACAGCCAUGUGUACACACAGAAUACAGAUAUUAUUAUAUUAAAGCCAUGUGUACACACAUAAUACAGAUAUUAAUAUUAUAUUACAGCAAUGUGUACACACAGAAUACAGAUAUUAAUAUUAUAUUACAGCAAUGUGUACACACAGAAUACAGAUAUUAAUAUUAUUAUAUUACAGCCAUGUGUACACAUAGAAUACAGAUAUUAAUAUAUUAUUAUUUUACAGCCAUGUGUACACACAGAAUACAGAUAUUAAUAUUAUUAUAUUACAGCCAUAUGUACACACAGAAUACAGAUAUUAAUACCAUUAUAUUACAGCCAUGUGUACACACAGAAUACAGAUGUUUAUACUAGUAUUAUCGUACAGCCAUGUGUACACAUAGAAUACAGAUGUUAAUACUAUUAUCGUACAGCCAUGUGCACACAUAGAAUUCAGAUAUUAAUGAUUUUAAUAUGCACAUAUAAUGUAACUUAUACCGUUGUAUUCAAGGAACUCUGGGGGAAAAAAAGUUUGGUGUACAUUGAAUACAGAUACUCCAAAUCUAUUUAGUUGACAAAAUAUGAAUAAAAUGAAUGCAAAUAUGUGAAUAUAGAGUUAUUUACACAGAUAAAGUUAAAACAAUCAUUACUAGAUGGGCUCUGGCCAAUAACAAAGGUGGACUAAGGAGAACUGGCAAAUAUAACCUUCAUUUUUAGUACGAUACCUGGUUGUGAACUGUUUAUGUGAUCACGACAUUUUUCCACUUCUAAUUUGAGGCACACCCCCACUAAACACUCACAUCUCACAUGAAGUGAAAAUGUCAAAAUAUUUGGAGCCUACGACGUGCCGUGUGUUUAAUUUUAUGGUCUAUAAAAUAUGUUAUUGAUACUGCUUGAUAAGGUAAGCCUAGGAGAGGAACCAUAUAACUUUAUGAGGGCAUGCUCACAGAUACACUGUAUAGAAAUAUGAGGUCACACAGUAGACUGUUUUCUAUAUCUGUGUGUGAAUGACUGGCAAUAACAAUCUCUGAUAUUCUAGCUAUAGUGGAAUAUAAUAUACAGUAAUCAUGUAGUAUAUGUAUGUAUGCACUAACCGUGUAUUGGGGGAGAUAACAGCUUGUUGGGUAGUGGUCAUUCUUUAUGACAUUAACAGAACCCUUCUUUUGCUCCCUUAUUGUUCAUGCACUUGCAUAGUUCAUAGUUAUGUUAAUCUGUUAGAACAUAUCAUUUUAGUUUUAUGUACUCUUUUUCAAUAAUGGACAGUUUGAAAAAGAUCUGUUGUAGAGAGCCUUUUACGUCAUACCCUAUGAAAUAAUUGCCCCUUUAAAUUGAUACACUUUAGCAUGAGUAUUUAGAAUAGCCAGCUCCUACGCUUUGCUUAGCCUUAAUUCACAUCUCACCCAGCUCAUUCAGGCGUAUUAACUGAAGUGUGACUUACUGAAAACUCAAACCGGGUUAUUCACUAGAGACUAAAGGGAUAAGUUUAAGGAAUGUAAAGUGAAUUUCACAAUUUAGGUUAAAAUAGAUGAUUUUAGAACAAUUCUCAAAGUCAAUUCUGCAUUCAGUUUGGCCAUUUUGGUCUUAUACUUGUCGUUCAAAGCAGUUCUCACUUUUUAGUGAAUAAUCCCCUUUUUUUUUUUUUUUACUGUAAGUGGUACAGUGAGAUAUAUAUAUAUAGGUACAGAAGUACAGAACUAACUUGUAACAAUAGAUUAUAACGUAUUCUGUAGCUACCAGUUUCUGGGACAUUCAUGUCUCAUGUCAUUACAGUACCCUUUGGAUAAACCUUUUCAGUGGCUACGGGGGUCCCUUGUUUUCCCUCGAGGAGGGUGUGUGUCGUCGUCCGUUAGGGCACCUUCAUGGAUGUUCAGCCUGACCCUGGCCAUGGACAUCUGGUGGCAUAUGGGAUCCUCUCUUUCGGGUGAAAGGGUACGUGUUUGUACCAGAUUUUAGUUUUAUGAUGUUAGCCAGUUUAGGUAGAGGAGGUGAAUAACCCUUUUUUGAAUUCCCAGUAAUUCACACUUCAGUCAAUAAGCCUGAAUGAGCUGUGGCACGGUGAGAUAUAAAAUAAGGCUUUUGGCCAAGUUAGCUAUGUUUUCAAUAUCAAUAUGAUCAUUUGGUAAUCUUUGAAUUAAAUAUUAAGUGAAUUUUAAAUCCACGUAUCCCUCCCAUUUACUCGCUGAAUAGCCCCACUAGGGUUCUAAGUAGUAGGGGAAGUAUUAGCAUGAGCAGCAAUAGGAAGCUGUGAUUAGCUGAGAGUGUCAGCUGACUGCUUUUAGCCUGUCAGAGCUCCAACUGAUGGUAUGAAUUGGUUUGACAACAAGGAAGUGUGUAAUCUCUGCCUUAGCUGCACAUACAGAAGGGGCUGGACUGUAGGUGUCCAGGGACUCUUAUGUUGUGGCAUACUGUACGAACAUGGUACAACACUGAAUGGAGGGACAGUGCCAGGGCAUUCCAGGCACUAUAACCAAUUCAAAGAGAUGAAAUGGUUAUAGUGACUACAGUGUCCCUUUAAGUUUCCUAGGAUGUGCUAUAUCAUGUGGUUAAAUAGUUGGUGUAAGCACUCAAUACUGAGAAUUGGCUACAGCCGUAGUGAUUUACAAACAAAAUCACUGCAUUAGUCAGGUAGUCCAGAACACUUACGGAGUAUUGCUGGGAAUUCAAAGGGAAUUUAAAAAUUAAGGCCAAAUAAGAAAAAAAUGUCCAAAACAAUCUUUUCAGCUUGUCUAUUUUGGUGUUAAAUUUAAAUUUCCAUUUGAAUUCACGAUUAAUAUUACUUACUGAAUGACUGUGUUCGUACCAGGUUGCUUAUACUGCCAUCAGUUUUGUCCCUAUUUGUAUGGUUGGUUCCAGAGAGAGGGCAAUAUCGUGGACUUGCUAAACUUGGGCAUAGCAGAGUAUGAACUAGUAGCAGCUGCAAUAUGGCUGCCAUCAGUUUUAAAGAGGAGUUUAAAUCAUUCUGUGUUCUGAUUAUUGCUGCACUUGAGGAUAAAACAUGGCAAAGAUUUAUGGGAUAAAAACUUUACUAGUAGACUUCCUGGUGUGACAGGGAUCUAUCUGUGACCGCAGACAGAUCCACUAAACCGUGCUCGAAGAGACACAUUUUUAGAGGUAUGCAACUGUCUCUCUUAAAUAAUGCUUUAAAAAAAAAAAAAAAAAAUACUGGGUCAGAUUGUAAAUUUCUUAAAAAACGUAAGUAAUCCAAACAAGUGUUCAUACUCGAGACCGUCAAUGACAAGGACAGUAUUACCAAUGACUUCAAGUAAUCUCUGUACGUGUUAUUACUGGGGUGUGACUUUGCAAGUCGCCUUUGGCAUCAGUCCGUCUUCUUCCAUUUAAAUAACAUAUUCAGCAGUAUGGCGGCUGUAGAUAGCUGCUAUCAGCAAAUUUUGGGUGUAGUGUAUAGGAUUCUACAUACAAGACAACUUGACACGUAUUUGUCUUAAAGGUAAUCUGCCUUUUUAAAAGCCUAUACGUGGUGACCUGAAAUUUUUAUUUUUAUUUAUAUAUAUAUAUAGCGAGAGAGAGAGAUAUAUCAUGACUUGACAAAUUGUUUCUAAUCUAGGAGCCAGCUAAAAAAGAUAGGAGCCAUUUUUUUUUUUUUUUUAAAUGUACACUAUAGUCACCAGAACCACUACAGAGAAAAGGCAGUGUUUACAUUGCUGCCUACUAAGACUUCUAGUGACAGUCACUCAGACGGCCACUAGAGUCCUGUGUCUUUGCUCUACAUGGAGGCGCUGAUUUUUACCCAUAGAGAACAUGCGUAAUAUCCUCCCAAUGCUUUCCUAUUGGAAAGCAUUGGCUUAGCUGAGAUCAUUAAAGGACCACUAUAGUGCCAGGAAGACAAACUCGUUUUCCUGGCCCUAUAGUGUUAAUAGGUUCCCCCCACCCUCAGGGUCCAACUCCCGCUGGGCUGAAGGAGUUAAAACUCCUUCAGCCACUUACCUUUCUCCAGCGCCGGGCUCCCUCAUCGCUGGGGAACUCUCCUCCUCCUGCCAACGUCGGCGCCUAAUGCGCAUGCGGGGCAAGAGCCUCGCACGCAUUCAAACCAACCAUAGGAAAGCAUUUCUCAAUGCUAUCCUGUAGACGUCCAGCGUCUUCUCGCUGUGAUUUUCACAGUGAGAAUCACGGAAGCACCUCUAGCGGCUGUCAGUGAGACAGCCACUAGAGGCUGGAUUAACCCUCAGGGAAACAUAGCAGUUUCUCUGAAACUGCUUUGUUUUCAGCAACAGGGUUAAAACUAGAGGGACCUGGCACCCAGACCACUUCAUUGAGCUGAAGUGGUCUGGGUGCCUAUAGUGGUCCUUUAAGAUCUCCGCUUUGGAGGCAGGACAAGCAACAGCGAAACCGGCACGGCGUGGGGAAAAAGGUGAGUAAAAACACCAAUCAUGUGAUCGGAGGGGGGCAGUACCUAAACAGACACACUCUCUGACAGACAUACACAUGCAGACACACAUACACACUUUCUCUAACACUCACACAUUUAUAUUUUUAAUUCUAAUCCACCCAGCCUCCCUACCUUUGGGAGAGCUGAGUGGAUUUUCCCUGGGGUCCAGUGGGGCUGAUAUUCCUGCAUGCGAGGGAGCAGUCUUCCUGCAUCUCCUCUCUGCUCCCUACCACUGUCUGCGGUGAUGCCGGGGCUGGAAUUAUGUCAUAUUCUGGCUCCCAGUAUCACUACACAGUGCGAGGGAGCAGAGAUGAGAUGCAGGAAGAUCACUGCUCCCUCGUGCGCUGCCCGAGCCUGCUGCCUCCAUAACUUUCGUGGGCAGCCGGCUACAAAGCUCCCUGGUCUGGCCGCCUCCAUGCUCCAGCGGACGGACAGCUACGCAGCUUCCUGAGCCGGCCGCCUCCAUACCUCCCAGGGCGUCCGGCUACAAUGCUUCCUUAGCGGGUGGGCAGCUGGCCGGCUCCAUUGUUUGACCAGCCGGCCACUUUAGGUAAAAGGCUGACAAAUCCCAGACGCCAGGGCAAAUUUUCUAGUCGCCAUGGCGACUUGGUGCCAAAGAUUUGUCGAGCCCUGAUAUAAAUAUAUAUCUAUAUAGAUAGAUAUCUAUUUAAAUAUGGUGGGGAGAAAUUGUGAUUGAAAACCCCUUCCACCUGAAGUCUGUGGAUAGUUAAUACAAUGUUAAACAAAAAUCUGCACACCAGUCAAGCCAUAAGACUUUCUUUUCCCAUAGCAAUCUCACUUUAACAGUGCUCUCACUACUGCAAGGGAUUCUUAUAUAAUAUAUAUAUAAAGCAUUUCUUACUAGUAUAAUUGUUACCUCCCUGAAUUAUGCAGGUAUGGCAUUGAAAAUAAAUAGAUAAUACACAUCUGAAUAUCUUUUUGACCUUUUGCAAUGUCAAGCCUACAGCUUUGGUUGCUCGAAGCCACAUUUUUACAUUUAUUUAUUUUUGUGUUUCUGGGCAAUAAAUCUCCCUUUUGCUGCCCUGCAGUUUGUAUAAUUCAUAUGCAGCCAGUGAUAAAUAAGUAUAACAAUCACAAGUUUAUUAACGUGCAACACAAAUGCAUCAAAUAAUGCACAUUUCAAUGGUAACGCCAUUCGCUAAAAGAGAGUUUUCUGCUUAUGCAAGAGAAUGUUUGAAACACUCUCAGGUGUAUUUUUACAAAUUGUCUGCUUGGCGUGUUCUUUAAAAAAAAAAAAAAAAAAAACAUCUUUUCAUUAGAAUUUUGUUUUACCUUACGUGAAGCUUUUAUAACCAUAUAAACCCAAUUUCACUGAGAGAUAAGGUAGUGUUGUUUUUUUGUUGUUUAUUUUCUUUUUAAAUACUCUGGUAUUUUGUGCGACUGCACGAAAGCGCUUUCCUUGUCUUAUCAGUGAGAAAACGUUACCGCCUAAUCUCAAACAAAAUCCUCUUUUGCCCAGCCUUAUCAGCUAUCCCUUGCUUGUUAUUUGAAAUCGGCAUGUAUGAAAACUGUACCAAAGCUACUUAUUGCUGAGAAUGCUCUCUCCAGGAUUAUAUAAAUGUUUAGUGAUUACAUCCUGUCUCUCUGUGAAUUUAUACUGGUCAUAAACUGAGCUACCCCUGAUAAUGGUUGAUGGCCAAAAGGGAGAUCCCCAACUGCUAUAGAACUACAACUCCUACAACGAAAACUCUAAAUAUAGAAAAUGACCCUAAAUUUUUUUUUCUUGCAUCAUAUAGAAUAUUGUAUGGGGAAAAAAAAUGAUUUACUGUCAAUUGUUCCAUGCUGAUGCACUCUGUAGUAGGUCCAAUCUGGAGCAUUUACUUCUGGUUGGUCGUUUCAUAUCCAUAAACACUUGACCAACAGGCUUCUCCUUCCAGGAGUGAAAGCUCAGACCAAGUUACACAGGCGAUAUGUACAUCGUGGACAAAGCUAAUAUCAGGAAGCCCUAAAGGGCUCCUGCAUGGCCCUUGUUUGCCCUAUUGAGCAAUCUGGAUUCUCCUACUGGAGAAGACAGGAUGGAUCUGCCGGAGGCCCUAGGUUUCUAGUGGGAGCCAGGUAACGGUUUUAAGGUAUAAUCAUAGAUUGACGGAUUGGCGAAUCCAUGGUGCCAGGUCACCAUGACAACUCAUAAAUUGGUUUUGGCACUGAGCGUUCUUUUCCCUGACCAUCCCUAUGGUGUUUGUGCUAGCCAGGGUGUAUCCCAUGAUACUCUGAGUGCUCAUUCGAUUAGCAGCACUGAAAGGGUUUGAAAUAUUGGCACAUUCUCCCAGACUUGAAAAGCUAUCACAGCAUGCAGAAAAGCAGGGCUGCUUUCCUAUAAUCUUCAAGUAGCGUGUUUUUUUUUGUGUUUUUUUGUUUUUUUUGUUAAAUCUCUGAAAUGCUCUGGUCAAGUUAUCUCUACUAUAUGACUGCUUAUAAACACAUAGGAAGAGGAGGUGGCUAUGAGCAUAGCUGUGUCUCCAGCCCCUCCAAUUCCAUUUUGGAAUACAUAAUGGCAAACUGAUAUUUGUGACUGUAUAUAUUGUUGUCCUCAUUCCUCUUAAGGCUCAGAUAACCAUCAGGAUGUCUCACCAUCAUAAGAAAUUAAGUCACAAAAGCAACUCCCCCCACCCUUAACUCAAUCUCCCUCAUCUGCUAAAACUCCCCAAUACACCCCCUCCCAUGACACAACAAUCCCCUUUCCAUAUUUUGAUUAGAUAUCAAGUUAACGUAGGUAUGCAGAUCUGUAUUAGUUCUUGGUACCCCAUCCCCUCUCUCAACACAACCAUCAUCUUAGAUCUGGUUGUCUUAUGGAAAUUUCCCCAGGAAAGAACUUCCAUACAGUAUGCAUAAUUCAGCAUAUGGACCCCUAUGAAGUUGUGGUUAGGUAAAUUACUGGUAUGGAGAGUGUUAUCAUCUGUAUAUUCAUGCUGGGUAAAUUCCAUGGAUGCCAAGGUAGCAGCAUAGUGUUUGGGUAUAAACAGAGGUGUUUGUUGCUGGAGUAUUUGGUACAAAGGGUCAGUCGGUAAUCUGAAGCAUGAGUCAAACCUUUCAUUGAGCUAUCAGUCACUAUUCCUCGGGUCUAGCAGGUGGAGUUGCUGGUAAGUAUGGAGAGUCCAUCCUUAGAGAUGAUCGUCUGCAGAGUUGAGGAGGUCUGAUAGUAGUCUGGUCAGAUGUAGAACAGGUCUUCCAGUCUAGUACCUCUAUAGCGGGGGAGAUUGAGUGCAGUUGGAAAGUCUAGAACGUCAGACAGGGUCCUUUAUAGAUGCUUCUGUGUUUCCUCUCCGUGCUGAAAGAGCAAAGGGGUCAGUGUUUGAAGAUAACUUCAGAUCAACAAUGUUUAGGGUCAUUUGUAUUUUACUGGCUCGUCCCUAAGGUGCAAUUCAAACUAUCUGUAGUUUUAUUCAGGUGCCGGUUCUCGGACCUAGAAGACCAGCUAUCCAUUCCUUACAAGUGCCCUCUUUGAAAUCCUGAUAAUACACAAUCUAGUGAAUAAUCCUUUUGCCAUUUACUGUUGAUUAGUCAUAUAAUCUAACACAUUUAAAGAACACUGAUUUGCCAACUAUAAAUUGACUUUUUUUUUUUUUAAAUUCCAUUGUUUUCUCUCUGCAGAAACUGAUUCUCCACCUGAACGUCCAGUAUUGAAUGGCAAAAGACGGUUCCCAAAUGUGACGGCCAUCCCCAGUCAGCUCCUGCUUGUGUCUCUGGUUGAGCACCUUUGCUUUGUUCAUGAGCAAAUCCCUCAGCGCUCCAAGUAUCUGUUUAAAUGUCAGUAUUUGUGCACACUGAUUGCUUCAGCAAAGUAUCAGGGUCAACAAAGUGAAACGAGUUAGACGGAAGGCUUAACGAAAGGGCGAACUGUUUGAACGACAAAGUGGUUUGCUUCACAUUUGUUUGCUAUGUGAUGCUUACCAUCUGGCAUUCAAAUGGUUAAAUGUUAUGGCAUUUAUUGUUGGGUCAGACAGCCAAAGCCAUGAGCUAUCCUUGGACAUUUAGCACCGGUGAAGAGCUAUGAUGCACAUAUUGUAGACAGUGGAAACUAAUAUUUGGCAAUUGUGGGCUGUAUUUUACGUAAAUGCUCUGAUGACUGAGCAUAUUGGGUAAUGUAGUCUACAAAAACUCAAAUUUAAAUUAUUAGGUGAACUUGUAUUAAGGGAUUGAAUGUUUAUACUGGAGGGAGGGAGGGUGGGGAGGGGGGGGGGUACAAAACACAUUUCUUUUUUUGUAUUGGAACCAGGCCUGCUGGCAAAAGGUUCUUCUGCAACCCUCUGGGGACCAAGUCCAUCCAGUCCAUGCUUAUUAAAAUGGUUAUGGUGCCAGGCAUUCUCUGAAUUCCCAUGAUAAACCAACCUUGUAUCUUACAAAUCAUAAAUGCAUAGGUAACUCAUAAUCUAGUCUCCAUUAUGUCCCUUUUUAUUUAAUAGGAGCAUGUAAAGGACACUCCAAGCACCUAGACCACAACAGCAUGCUGCAGUGGUUAUAGUGCCUGGAGUGACAUGGUGCCUCCCCAGUGUAAGUAGACAAAUCAUUUUAGUACAUUUUGACUUCUUACUUAGGGUCCACCGGUAGUUCCUCCCUACCUCCAAUACAGCCUUCAGAGCCAGAAGAUCUCUGUCUGAGCUAAGUUUAUACAUGGCUACAUAGGAGCUUCUGGCACCCCGGGUAAGAAGUCAAAAUGUACAGAGUAGAUUCACAGUAAUGAUAAAUCUGCAUAUAGUGCACAGGCAUUAAUAGUAAUAACUAAAGGGAAAGCGAAUAGCUUAAAGGGACACAAUAGGCAGCCGGAUCACUUCAGCCUAUCGGUCUGAUGCCUUGGGAGUCGUGGGUACAAAGUUGCCGCCUGAUCAAUAGAUUUGACAUUGUUUUUAUUUUGUUUUUUUGCUUCAAUAUAUAAUAAAUAUAUUUGUUUAGAUGUUAUUGCAUCUCAGACCUAGCAUUAGAAACUUAACUUUGUUUCUCUGCUGGUGGGAGGGUUCUGAAUUCUUCUACCUGAUCAUUGGAAUGUUAGACUGAAACAUGUAUCUGCAAGAUUUGUUAAGGUUUUACAUAACUUAGGCAUUUAAACUAUCCUGUGGUGCAGCGGUAGGCAAUGUUCACUCCAGAUGUUUUAGACUACAUUUCCCCUGAUGCUUCAUCAGCAUUAUGACUUUUAAAGCAUUAUGGGAGGUGUAGUCCAAAACAUAUAUAUUUAAUUGUUUUUUUGGGUUUUGUUUUUUUCCCCAAAACCAUUUUUCUUGUGAAUGCAUGAUACAAGACUAUGGCAUGAGUGACAUUAUCAUUUUCCAACCAUCAAGACUGUUUUUAUUUUUUGUUUUUUUUAAUUUUUUUUUAUUGCCAUAAUAUACAGCAUGAUAAACAAUAAAUAUAUAGAACACUCCAGUGGUUCUCAUUUAAAUGGUUAAGAAGUCCUCCACAGACAUGGCCAUUGCCAGCUUAGUCUAAGAAGCCUUAUCCAAGGAUAUACCCUGGGCAUUUAGUUUAAACAUGAAAAUGCUCCCCAAGAUUGUUCCUGUUACUCUGUAAUGCCUGAUUAAUUAGUAACCAUAAACUCCACCUAUUAGUAACACACAAGUGAGUAAAGAGAAUGCUGGGAGGUUAUAUUGUCUAGUGAAUGAUGUACCAUUGUUGAUUUGAUAUAUAUUUAUUUACCCCCCCAGUGCUGUGUCAGACCUUUACCAAAAUGGGCUUGUUAACACCAUUUGCCUUCAGCGAUGAGUUCAGCUCAGUGAGACUCCAGCACAGCACAGCAAUCACAGAACUGCUAAAUGCUGCUAAACGGCACAUGUAUAAAGAGGUAAGUCUUCCUACACUGGUCAGUGGAGUAGCUGUGUUCUCAUGCCAGGAUCAUAUAUAAAGGUUACAGUUUCCCUUUCUGGAUGUGCUGUCUGCGAAACUGGGUAAUUGGUUUGUAGUCUCAGUUCCCAAAGCAACACAAAACUCAGACCUGGUGCCGAGAACUUAUCUCGCUGUCAGUCUAGAUAUCAAAAAUAUUUAUCAACUGACCUAGGGAGCUACAAGGCAGUGGGCAGAGGCAGCUUUUCUGAGCAUUCUAUCAUUCUAAUUUGUUAUCCCGACUCCCUGUGCCAUUUAGUCAUGGUUAGGAAGGGGUCUUCUUGCAGCUGUCGGCUUACCCAUUACCACAUUGCCCAUGCCACAAUACACUAAGAACUUUUUAUAAACAGGAGUAGUUCUAGGUACCCAGGAUCCCGUACUCACUGUGCCUAGAGGGGUAAUCGCUACACCUCGCUGACGAGGCCCAAAGAAGGCCAAAACGAUCAUCCUGCCCUGUCUGAUGUGCAAAUGGUAUAGUUUCUCUCUGUAAUGGAAAACAUGUUGAGAUCUGAAUGGGGACUAACCAAAGGGCAGGUUACUAAGUUUCUCUAAGCUUUCGCUCGUAUUCAGAGUUCUCGUACUCUCAUUUUUAUUUUAUGCUAGGUAUACAGUAUCUCAUAUAAUGGUAAUUACAAUUUGUUUAAUGAUCGUUACAGCAAUAUGGGCAUCAGGUUAAUUCUGGGGGGAAAACGACUUUAAAUCUGAAUGACUCCCAUGUCCUAGCGUUAUGUUGUCAAUUGAGACCUGAGGUUCUCUCCUUGUCUGCACACAAUCAAAAAUCCUUACAUGUUUCUACGUGUCUUUAUUUCCAUAGGAAAUAUCCACUGGGGAGUUGAACGCACAACUGACAAGGUAUCUAUCAUAAUAUUAGAUGUUUUAAAUUGUAGUAACCCCUCUUCAGCACUAACAUGGAUCAGUGAGGCAAAUCAAUAUUUAUUGCAUUACUCUAUAUAAUAAUAAUAAAAAGGAAACACGUUAAGAUUUAUUUUGGUGUGUGUAUAGACAACCAUCCUGUGACUAAAAUUGAUAUUACUGUUUGCGCCUUUCUGAGAUGAUUUUAGCAGUCUGCGACUUGUCUUCUUUGUGUGUAAUAUAUAUGCCACACGCACAAUAUUGCCAAAAUGUAUAAUGGUUACUCUGGAGAGCUGUUUCCAUGCAAUUAUAAGCUACUUUCGGAGCUGAGAGCUGUUACAGGGUAGUUUUCCAUUUCAUAAACUAUGCAACCAAUCCCUUUGGCGCUUGGACGAAAAAAAUCUAUUCUCUCUCUGAAUUCCAGAGUGUUUUCUUAUUGUAGACUUUGGAAAUAUAAGUGAACUCUCGGAGUGUAAGGGGGUUGUAUAAUAUGGAAAAAUUUCUUGCAAUACUCUAAGGCAAAAUGUGCAACUUAUGAAAAAUACCCAUAUAUCUUGUGUAACAGGACAAAGCACAUACUUGCUGAUGCACAGACCUCACGCUACUUGAAUGAGUUUGAUGAGCUUGCUCAGCUUGGAAAAGGCGGCUAUGGGAGAGUAUACAAGGUAAUCUGACGGCUUCCAUCAAAGUGCAAUCUUUGACACACUGUGCUCUAUGUAAGAGUAACACUGUAGCCUGGUUUCUCUCCAGUCGAGAAAAUGUUAUCUUCUUGUAUUCAUUGACAUAGAAAUAUGUAUUCUGACUGCGUCUAAAAGCCAGCUGGCCCAUCUAGCCUACACGUAUUGUAAGCACAGACUUUGUGGUUUGGUUUUCAAUUCAGCAUAACAGUGUGUUUGUUCCUUACUAUAGUGAGCUUUUCAAAUUAUUAGUUUGUGAUCAUCCCUGCAGGAAUCUACAGCCUUUGCUUUUAAAACUAUUUCUUGAAUAUCCCUUCUUUCAUCAUCUAGUUAUAUUUCUUUCAGUUCUAGUCCCCACUCUUUAUAGAAAAUUCCACCUGUGUGUAUUUUGUUAAAAAAGACACGCUUAAGCCUCUGAAAGUGUACAGCUCAUUGUAUUGUUUAGGCAGAGUAUUUAGACUUUGGGUGCUGGAGUAUGUCUGCCUCAGUCUUCGCAGUUUGGUGUCUAGUGUUUUAGGCUGAGGAUCUUUCAUUCUGCAGUAUCUAUGCUGUAGAAGAAGGGCUUGGGUAAGCUUUUUUUUUUAUUUUUUUAACUUGCUCAAAUGGAUUGACACAAAGCAAAAGACAGUGCGUAAAAACUCUAUUCAAGUAGAAAUGUUUAUUGAGAAAAAAAUGUCCUCUUUGAAGUCACUGGAGAUUUUUAAAAAAAUAUGUGCACUAGUGCUGUGUUCAUUCUGCUCUUGUUUUUGUAGGUCAGAAACAAGCUUGAUGGCCAGUUUUAUGCUGUUAAAAAAAUCCUGAUUAAAAAAGUAUCAAGGAGUGAUUGCAAAAAGGUAUGCUUCUUGUAAAUUAGAAAUAUUUUGUCUUUCACAUUUCUGCAGUCAUGGAUUGUGUACAGCUUAAUGAAGUGGUUCUGGUGUGUAGGCUGUCCCUGUAGGCUUUUCAGUGUUUACAUUGCUGCCUAGGAACACCUCUAGUAGCUGUCACUCAGAUGGCCACUAAAUGUGCUUCCUAUAUCAGUGCUGCAAUGUGUGCAGUACCUACGUUCAGCGUCUCCACGUUCUGCAUGGAGACGCUGAAAGCUCCCCAUAGAUAUGCAUUAACUAAAUCCAUCUCUAUGAGGAGCUGCAGAUUGGCGCAGUGUAGCGUUUUGCUGUGCUUGCGCAAUAGCCUCACAAUGCUUUUCUAUGGGUAAAAAAAUAAGAAAACAACAAAUAGCCUAGUUUACUUUACUCUAAUGCCCUUGAACCGGUUACACAGGCAUAGGAAAGUAGAAAAAAAAAUAAGUCAUUAUUCCUAAAUCCUGUGUAUGGGCAUAACCCAUACAUCAUACAUUACAAGACAGAAGUAGUAGCUGGACAUAUAGUCCAAAAACAAUAAGAUUAGGGAGAAAUUAAUAAAUAAAAACAAAUAACUUUAUUACAAUAAAAAAAACAAUAUCCAAGGACUACAAACUGUCUUCUAAUUUUAUAUAGACUCAAAUAGGAAAGUACCUUGCAUAUGACUACCUCAGUGCACCUUAGAGAGUGAAUGCUCCUACAUACAGCAGGACCCCAUUAGAAAUAAUGUAGAGUCUGCGCUUUGAAUAUUGGGAAACAAAUGCUGUGUCUAAAUGGGUUAGCAAUACUGUCCAAACUGACUGAGGCCUAUACAUGCAUUAAUUCUGUAUACCUCGGCAUGCUGAAAGGCCAUGCCCAACGAGUACCAGCCCUAUACAGCUAAUUACAAUUUGAAAAACGCUAUACCCCUAGUGCAGAGAAGUGCCAGACACAAGCUAACAGACAAAACACCUGACAAGCGUGUAUACUUUCGUCAGGGAGAAAUUAAUAUGUGUGUUUAUGUUCUCUUAUUAUGCAUUGGUUCGUAUUCUAAUAUAAUCUACAUAAAAGAAGUGACGUUUAUUUGAGCUUUAUUGUCCCACUUGUUUUUUUUUUUUAUUCAUGAUUCGCAUUGCUAUGUAAAGCUGUCUGUAAUAAACUUAAUCCUCCUUUUUUUUUUUUUUUUGGACAGGUACUCCGUGAAGUUAAAGUUUUGGCAGGGCUCCAGCACCCGAACAUUGUUGGUUACAACACUGCUUGGAUGGAACAUGUUCAGCCUCCAAACUCCAAAUGUACAUUGUUCUCUUUCGAUCGCUAGCUCUAACCUUUACAUUACUCCAAUGCUUCAUUGUGAAGGUGUUUUGGGGGGUCUGUAAAACAUACAGAGUGAUGUGGAGGGUGUUGAACACCAAACAUUUUGAAUAAAAUAUCCAGCAGCACAAAUCUCGAAAUCCUAACCACUCUCGUAAUGCUAAAGUUUUACUACCAAAUUGGAUGGCAGCGAUCUGCUCUCAUAACCUGUUAUUGCUGUUUAAAGUUAGACAGCUGUGGACAGGUAAUGCAUGAAGCUCUUUCAUUACCUCAGUGGUUGAGGCUCUCCAAACGGUGGGUGCCGUGGAGAGAUUAAGUUUUUUCUUCAAUUUGAAAAUAGGAAGACAUUGCUCAAAGGAACAAUGAUCUGUAGUAGUUAUUGUAUUUUUAUAUGACUUAAUUGCUUAUGUGCCAUAGUGUGGAACAAUAUAUACUUUGUUUUGGACGACCUUGACAAGGUCAUUUAGUUGGAAAGUAUAAGGAAGUGACUGCUUGCCAUUGUACCAUGUCACAGAUGUUUCUUGAUCAUGAAGAAAUAUACCAGCGUUAAACUCUGUUUGCAGCGUUUCAAAGCAACAUGCUGUAAAUACAAUCUCCAGACGCCAUGAACACUACAAAUCGCUGAAGUUGUCAUGGUGCUUGUAGUAGUCCUUUAAUAUUACAUUUCGUAGGGGAGAUUUACCUGCUUUAUCCUUUGCUUGUUCAUCCUCACUGUUGUGAAUGUUGUUGUUGCUGUUUGGUUUGACUGACUGAAAUGAUACAUAUAUUUUUGUGUUUUUAGGCAAGUCUGUUCCUCAGCUGGUGGCUAUUAGAGGGUCUUCUGCACAGAGUUCUGACCAGUAAGUGUCUCAUUUGUUUUAAUAAACGAUAACAUUUAACGCAAUGUUUAAAAACUAUCUGCUUUGCUUUUUUCCUUUUUUAAUAGAUAUUUGUUUUAUUUGUUUGUAUGUAAAUCUCUUUUUAAUUGGCUGCAAACCCACCUACACACCGAGCAGAUUUCACCUUUUUGUAACCGGCAUUACCUGUUAAAUGUAUGCUUGUUCCCAAUCUGCUCCCUUCUAAACGGACAGACUGGGAACAAACUAUGCAUAGCGCUCUUUAUGACAGACACCAUGUGGGCCAAGCACUUACACUUUCAGAUCCACGCUGCAACCGAAUCUCGCUGCUCCUGUCACUACCCUCUGCUUGUUGUUUGAGCUGAUCCAAGAGGGAGUGACAUCCUGAGCAGGAAAUACACUUUUUACAGGGGAGUGAUGACAGUGCUUCUUUAAUGAUGACGUUAGCAGUCGCAACAUUUGUGUCUCAUUAUAUGUUAACUGUUUCCUUCCACAGGGAUACCAGGGGGAUACAAAGUGUAGAAAGCAGUGGUUCCUUUAUCACAUUUGCAGAGACUUCAGAUGGAAAUAACACAUGUGCCUCCUCGGGAAGCAGUAUGUCUGUGUCAUCUGUGACUAAGCCGAGGACCCCAACCCCAAAGGAAGGGAAUGGUUGUCCAGUCUCUAAUGCUCUGUCUGAAAGUCUCAAAGACACCAAUUCCAACUUGACAUCCACAGUGCACAUUUGCAGUAAACUCCACCCACCUCAAGACAUCUCUUUGCAAGACUCUUCGGACGAGGAGGAUGAUUCUAGUGAUUCAUCCAGUGAUGAAGACUGCCCACAAAAGGAAUUAUGUUUGCAUCGACAUUUUGAGGUAAUAAAGGUGUUGGCGUGCAUGUUGUAUUGAAAGGAGUACCAGAUUUUUUUUCUUGUAUAUAUUUUAUCCUACCAGGUGACCAAGUGGGUCUUAUUCUUUCUUUGCAUGUAAACAAACUUUGGCCUUGAUUUUUUUUUUUUAAUGUUGUUAUUUUUUUUGGAUAAGCUUUUAAAAAUAAUAAGACUAUUAUUUUGAAAAAAAAAUUAUAUUCUAAUGUUUUGAUAUUUUUUGAUUGAGAUAUAUCUAAUUUUUUUUACUUACGAUAUAUUUAAAAAAAUUAUUUUGAAAGUUUUAAAAUUAUUUUAAGUGUACCCCAAAAAAAUGUUACCUUCAGGCCUUUGUUAGCUCAAUCUGUAUAUGGCUGAAACUUAAAUUAAGUAUUCAAGAACUGUAAAAUGUAGGGUUUAAAGGGCUGGUAAAAAGUUAUCAAAAUGUUUACUGACUUUUAGAUCAUUCAUUGACCAAUAAUCUAAUCAUGCAUCGGUCUUCCUCUAAACGGAUAAUUCCAUACAUCAGUUAUGGUUAUCUCUGAGAUGGGUUUUCCGCUGGCUAUGUUACAUAAUGGAUGAUGACUUUUUGCAAAUGCAAUACAUUGUAUUGUUAGAAAAAUGCUUGUGUAGAUUGCUAUUCUAUGUAUUAAUAACCUGCUGUCUGUAAUAAACUUAUUUUCUAGAUACAGUAUCAUUUAAUGCUGCACAUACAGAUGAAACUGUGUGAAAAAUCGCUAUGGGACUGGAUAGUAGAGCGCAAUACUCGUUACAGAGAGACCAAAGAUGCUACCCGUGAGUGAUUUCAGUUUUGCUUUUUAUUGUUUUUGCGUGAAUAGCCCUAACUCUGCAAAUUAGAGAAGAUCUGUCAGUGGAUAAAGAUGUGAUUUGCAAGGUAAUUUAGAGGAACACUCCCAACAUCAUAACCACUUCAUCUGCUUUAGAUUGGUUUGAUUCUUACCUUGGGUCCACCGAGCCCUGCACCCUGCCUCUCCUGCAGUCUACAGAAAGCCAGAAGUUAUAGGUCUGAACUAAGCUUGUCAUUGGCUGGGAGUGCUUACUGACUUAUAGUGAUCAGCUGAUGUUCUCAGCCAAUAAGCUUACCUCUCUGCAUGGCAUGGAUUAGUUCAGGAGAGCUAAGUAAUGUUCCUAAUUAGGAGCUUCUGGCUCUCUGUCAUAAGUAGUUAAAGCUGAGUCAGAUCCUGGUGGACCCCAGGUAAGACAUCAAAACAUUCUAAAACAAUGGUUUGACAUCUCCAGGGUGCCAAAACCACUACAGCGCUUUAUAUAUAUAAAAAAAAUACUUAACUGAACUUUGCCUCUUCUAAAACCAUGUUAGAAAAUUGGCACCGUUCAAUGACUACCUAAUCACGCAUGUUCAUUACAAAGUCUGUGAUGUGAAAACAUCACUAAAUGAAUCACAUGUAAUAUAGAUCCUAAGCGAUUAUGUAGUGUCUCAAAGACACUUUCUGUCACAGCUUCUGUAAAGAAAAUUAAUUGUACGGCUUAUGUAUAAUUAUAGACGCUUUAAGAUAAACCUGUCCUUCAACAACAAGGUAGAUAAAAUCAGGAUUUUCAUUUAUUAUUGCAUUUUUAUUUUUUAAAUUAAAUCAAGUUUUAGUUCUCUAGAAUGAGGUCGUAUAAUCUUGCAAUUUUUAAAUUUUUUGAUAAAUUAAUUCCAUUAAUCCAUUCACAAUGUCAUGCGCACCCAGAGGUUUCUGUAUUAUUAUUUUAGAUUUUUUCUAUUUAGGAUAUAUUGUCUCUGAUGCAUGGAUUUACAGCUCUCAAAACUGUGAAUUUGUGUCUGCAGAGAUAACAUACCUCUUCUCUUCUGCAAAAGAAAAAUUAAAUAAAUAAAAUCUGCACAAAGAGCGAAGUGUGAGGAGGGGCAAGCAGUAAAAGUGAAAUCUUCUCAGCUUGGAAUCUCUGUGGACCUUAGACAUAGGCAUUCAUUUUUUAACAAACCGCAGAGUGAACAAAAAUUUAAUUUUUUCUUCAUUUUAUUCAAAAGAAAUAACGAUCGGAAUAUAAAUGAAUGGUUGAAUGAACAAAUUUCAUUUGGCGACAUUUACUCAUUCAUUGAACUUGUGCUGCUGUUCUGAAUGAAUGAAUAUUCCCCUGUUGAGGUUUUUUAAAGGAUCACUAUAGGGUCAAGAACACAAAGCUGUAACUCUGCAUGCUGUUUGCCUCAAAAAAAAACAAACAAGCAGUCUGCUGACAUCAUUAGAAGUGGUAGCCUGAUCCAAUCACAAUGCUUCCCCAUAGGAUUGGCUGAGACUGACAAGGAGGCAGAUCAGGGGCAGAGCCAGCAUGAUUCAAACACAGCCCUGGCCAAUCAGCCUCUCCUCAUAGAGAUGAAUUAAAUCAAUGAAUCUCUAUGAGGAAAGUUCAGUGUCUGCAUGCAGAGGGAGGAGAUACUGAAUGUUUGGAUCCAUUUUAGGCUGCCAUGACCCAGGAAGGAUCUCUAACAGAUAUCUUAGGAGUGGCCAGUGAAGUUAUCACUAGGCUGUAAUGUAAACACUGCAUUUUCUUUGAAAAGACAGAGUUUACAGCAAAAAGUCUGAAGUUAAUGAUUCUACUCACCAGAACAAAUUCAAUAAGCUGUAGUUGUUCUGGUGACUAUAGUGUCCCUUUAGUGCUCAAAGUAAAUUGCCUCACUAGAUAUAAAUUCAACAUCUGCAGUGGUUCAAGGUCUAUUUCAUUUUCUGAUGAGUAGUGAGUCAUUGACUCACAUGAAAAACAUUUCAGGUUCAAUUAUUCUAUAUGGUGGGUUUAGCACUAUAGGGUCAGGAAUACAGGUUUGUGUUCCUGACCCUAAAGUGAUCCUUUAAGUUGUGGAAUACUGAGGCACUUGAAACUACAGAAGCCUGAGAGGCUUUACAAAAAAAAAGUCUAGAUUGUAAUGUGUUAACUCAACAGAAAACUAUGUUCGGUAACCGAACUAAAUAGAAGGAAAGUAAAACUGAAACAUGUGGGAGCAACGUAGCUUCCAGUCUUAAGCGAGAGGUUAAAUUUGGCAUCCGUGGGAGUCAAGUGGCUAGUGAGUCCUCUCGUUCGGUUCUCAGUACAAAUUGCACGAGUGCUGGUCAAGCUGAGCCAUGGUUGAAUCUACGAUGCCCAGCUCUGCAAGCAUAGUGGGUUCUUCUGCCAUUGUGGCGAUCUUGUGGGUAGUCCUAUUGUGAUUAAUGAGAAGGGAUCUCCGUGACCCCCAUCUGUAUGUCAUACCUGCUGAGCGUAGAUGACUGGUUAGUGGGUUGAGAUUUUCACCAUUGUAGUGUGGCUUCAAGUCGUUGUAGAAGGUCGAUUCCUCAAAUAAAAGUGGGGUCUUUCCCCUUACUGCUGCCAUUAUGUGGCUUUUAUCAUGAGGUAAAGUGCAAGAAGGAUGACAUCUCCAAGAGUUAAUGCAGACAUUUUUUAGGAGUGUGGGGAGAUGGUAUAUCCUGGUUAGAAUUCUUUUUUCCACAACCACUGGUGGUAGUAUGGAAGCCAGCAUUCUCCGUACAUACGGUAGUACAAGUCUGCUCCCAUGAUCUUUGACGGUAUGCAUCAAAUCUUUACAUGACUGCGACAAAGUCUGUCUGUUUUUGUGCUGAUAAUUGCAAUGAAAGAGCCUGUUGGGUAUUGUACAGCUCUAGUAUGGAGUCCUUUUUUUAUUUUUUAUAAUUCUUUAUUUUUGCAGUGCAUAUCAAGAGUAUUCAUGUCAGCUUGUGGUAGAUUGCGAGAAACAGAUAAUGGUUGCAGGACAUAUUAUUAGAACAGUAAUCAGAAAAAACAAUGCACUUUUUUUAUAUAGUAUAGAUGAACAGUCAGGAGUCAGAAUUUCAGGUUAGAUUCUGUUAUAGUUGUCAGGCUAGGUAUGGCUUGCUCGUGGGUUGAGCAAUGUCUUAUUGUGUAGGUGGUGCAAGUAAUUAUCACUCUGCGUUCUUGUGCAGCCUCAUUGUAAAUAUGUGGUUCGGGGGGGUGAGGGGCUUGGGUUGCUAUGUGUGUGUUGGCAUGCGGGUUGUCUUGACCCAGCCGGGUCUGAUCAGGAGACCUCCAGGAUGGGUCGGUAGUGAAUGCCUCUACCUAUUGUCUAGCUUGCCGGUGCAGGGUGUGUGGGGUUGAGUGAUACAUACUGUGUGGCCAAUUAUUUCUGACCCCUUACCUAAGGGGGCCACGGGGGGGGGGUAGGGGGUGGUCUUUAGCGUGCUCGGGCUGGAGUCGUUAGUAAAAGAGGUGAGGGUAUAAAUUGGAGUAACUUGCGUGUAACAGAUUCAUUUAAAUUAUACAUAACAUGCAUAGAACAUAUACAAGAGAAUUAGGUGUAAGAGGACACCGUUGCUGGCACACGAUUCAUGUGACUGCCUCCUUUCCCUUGUUUCUUCGUGAGACAAAUGGAACAGUCCUGCCAGGGUCUCAAGUGUGUAGUAGUGGUUGAGUAGAAGGGGUCGUAGCCCCCUGUGCAAUGCCCAGCGACUGAAGGAAGGAUGAGGCCUCCGAUACAGAAGUGAGUUUCAGGAUGGUAUUGUCCCGGGUGACCGCUAGGGCCCUAGGCAGGAGCCAUCUGUAAUCCACUUCCGCUGUGUGGAGGAGGGUGGUAAUUAGCGUCAGCGUUUUUCUCCAUAGUAGUGUGUUACGGCUAAUGUCCUGAAAAAGGUAGGCUGGGAGGAUUCAAAUGUGUAUGGGGUCCUGUCCCGUACUGCUGGUAAGCGGCGUUUGUCCAGUAGAGAGUGGCAUCUCACUAUGACAUCUCUUGGGGCUGUUGUGGGUGCCUGCUUGGCUUUGUUAAUUCGGAAUUGUCCGUCAAAUUCCAUUUUUUUGGCUUGCGUGUGUGGCAGGAGUUCAGCAGUGAGUCUUCUUAAGUAGUGCGGUAGUUCGGUUGUGCCAACGGUGUCUGGGAUUCCCCAGAUUUUUAUAUUUUUCUGUCUGCUACGGUCCUCUAUGGUGUCCAAUUUUGUUUGGACUGCUGUGUGUGCAGAUUGCAGUUGGCGGAGGGUGUCCCCAUGUCCUUCACCUCCUGGCGUAAGUCUAUGAUGUUGUCUUCUGCGGCCUGGACUCUUGUGGUCACAGCUUGUAUCUCUGUGCGGGCCUUGUUUAACCCCUUAAGGACCAAAAUUCUGGAAUAAAAGGGAAUCAUGCCAUGUCACACAUGUCAUGUUUCCUUAAGGGGUUAAGUCUGCUUCAUACAUUUGCUUCACCUCUUGUAAGAGCUGCCUGAUGUCGUGCUUUGUGGCCGGGGCCAUGUCAUCACCCUCACCUUGUAGAGUGUGUUGUGAUUGGGGUUGUUGAUGUUCACCCUGGUCCUCUGGACUCAUCGCUGAGCAGUUAGAGCCCGUCUCCGGGACAGGCUCCUCCGCCAUUUUGUGGCUCGUGGGUCACUGGAGCAGAGUCCCGAUGUCUCGGGUGUCUUUGACCGCUCCCGCUGGCUGUUUUGGGGUUUUACAUCCCAUUUCUUUGUCGAGGGGUAACGACUGCUUGUUUGUGGGCGGUGCCUGGUACCCGAGAACUUGGAGCAGCUGCAAGGAUAGCCGUGAGGCCUCUGUUGGUGAUGGGGCAAGGUAGGCCCGACUUUUGCUGCAGGUUUUUCUGCCCUUUUGGACAAAUAAGAAGGGCAUCAGCGGGUGUCCCCUUGUGACUGGGAGGUUUGGGUGUUUUUCCCGCCUGACUGGGACUCAGUGUGGCCAUGGAUGGCUUUGGAUUUGCCGAUGACCCGGGGGAGCUCUGAGAGAUGGUGUCCAUACGGUUUGGUGGUUAAGCUCCGCCCCCUAGUAUGGAGUCUUUCAUUGUGGACACUCGCAUUUCCGUGAUGUCCCUCUCUCACCUUUUCAGCGACCUGUUGCAUGCUUGUUUUGAGGGCAGGCAAAUCUGCUCUCAGCACACUUUGUCAUGUCAUGUAGCAUUUUCUGCAUGUUUUGCAGGUCUUUUUUAGUUGCUGGGACUGAACUCCCCUUUGCGGCUGUGACCGGUGUAUUUGUGCUUUCCUGUGUGGUCUGUUCUAGUGGUGAGUAGCGUGUGACUGCUGGGUCGACCAGGCCUUCUGUGGCCUCCAUCUUGGCUGGUGGUUGCCGUUGCAGCAAGGUUCCGAUAUCUCAUUGGUCAGCCGAAUUUCCAGGCUGAGGUCUCUGUGAUCUAGGUGGUGUUAGGUAGGCCCCGGCUCUGCGUUUCGGCUUGGCCUGCUUUUGGGUGUGUAAAAAGGGCAUUGAGUGAUGCAGCAGGAGUCCCUCUGGUCGGGCCCACAGUUGAAAGGUUGGAUGGCGUGUAGAAUUCAGAUUCUUUUAGAGUAUUAGGAGCGGCCAGAAAUGGCGCCUGGUCCGUCAUGCCGGCAAGCUCUGCCUCCCCUGUAGGGUUUUUUAUAAUUGCCACUUUAUCCCUGGGCUCAUGUCCAGUUUUUAUUUUAUCAGGAUCUGGGUGUGUGCAUGCGUAUGCAUGCAUUGCAAAGCCUUUCUUUAAAACAAAUUUAUUAUUUUACUUUCAUUUUGCAUUAAUCCUAAUUCACAGGCAGGAUUCAUUCAUUUCCAUAGGGAUUUAUGGUCAUCGGAAAUUCAAACAAUAACGAAUUUCAGCCAAACUAAAAAGUUUACAAAACUAAUGGGGAAAAAAUUUUUAAAAAAAAUGUCUCCGUGCACAUCUGUAUAUAGCAUGGUGUUUAUUAUUCUCUCACUUGAGUAGAAAACCUGUAAUGGCAUCAGGCUAUAAAAUAGACCCAGUUUUGGAAUAUUUUAUGCAUGUGUGCAAAAACAUCCACUAGACGUGCUUUCCUAAUGGGAAGCUUGGAUGCACACAUCAUAUCCCAAUGAUGAGCAUUGGAUUAGCGAUCAAUGGAGGUUUCAUUUUUAUGUAUAUGAUGACCAAUGGUGUAUGUGCUAGCAAGGGCUUCUAAAUUUAAAGGGACACUAUAGUCACCUGAACAACUUUAGCUUAAUGAAGCAGUUUUGGUGUAUAGAACAUGCCCCUGCAGCCUCACUGCUCAAUCCUCUGCUAUUUAGGAGUUAAAUCCCUUUGUUUAUGAACCCUAGUCACACCUCCCUGCAUGUGACUUGCACAGCCUUCCAUAAACACUUCCUGUAAAGAGAGCCCUAUUUAGGCUUUCUUUAUUGCAAGUUCUGUUUAAUUAAGAUUUUCUUAUCCCCUGCUAUGUUAAUAGCUUGCUAGACCCUGCAAGAGCCUCCUGUAUGUGAUUAAAGUUCAAUUUAGAGAUUGAAAUACAAUUAUUUAAGGUAAAUUACUUAUCUGUUUGAAAGUGAAACCAGUUUUUUUUUUUUUUUUUUCCAAUGCAGGCUCUGUCAAUCAUAGCCAGGGGAGGUGUGGCUAGGGCUGCAUAAACAGAAACAAAGUGAAUUAACUCCUAAAUGACAGUGAAUUGACCAGUGAAAUUGCAGGGGAAUGAUCUACACACUAAAACGACUUUAUUUAGCUAAAGUAAUUUAGGUGACUAUAGUGUUCCUUGAAGUUUAACCCCUUAAGGACCAAACGUCUGGAAUAAAAGGAAAUAAUGACAUGUCGCACAUGUCAUGCGUCCUUAAAGGGUUAAAGUCCAGAUAUAAAAAAAAAUUUAACCCCUUAAGGACCAGACUGUUUUUGCGAUGUUGUACAUUUGCGACCAGGCAUCUUUUUACACUUUUGUGGUGUUUAGCUGUAAUUUUCCGCUCUCUCAUUUACUGUUCCCAUACAAAUUAUAUAUUUUUUUUUUUCAGGACAAAAGGGGCUUUCUUUACAUACAAUUAUUUAUAUAAUCUCAUGUAAUUUAAUUUUAAAAAAAUGAAAAAAUAUUAACAAUUGAAAAAAAAUACAUGUUUUUUUACUUUUACUUGAAAAAUAUUUUACUCAUCUACAAAAGCGAAUGAAAAAAACUGCUCAAUAGAUAAAAAAAAUUGUCCUGAGUUUAAAAAUACCCAGCGUUUACAUGCUUUUUUGCUAUUGUUUUGCAUGUUAUAGGGCUAUAGGUACAAGUAGGAUAUUGCGGUUUCAAAACAUACAUUUUUAAAAUUUAUCAAUAGUGACAUUGUAACACUAUUAUCUGUCAUAAAUCUCUGAAUAACACCCCACAUAUACAUAUUUUUUUUUUUUUUUUUAUAAAUUCUUUAUUUUUCAGGUUUAGGUGAGGUAAAGGGUACAGAAUAAAGGUAGGGGUAGGGUAGUAGUGUCAUUCAAUAGCUUUACAGUUUUGUUUCGACUCAAUGGCAUUGGUACGAUUUAUUGCGAAACCUCAGAACAGUCUUCUAGGUUAAGUGGUACAGUUUUCUAUGUCUCAGGUGGAGGUUGUCACUUGGCUUCGGGUCCUGUCGUUUUUGUCUCUGAGAGCGUAUGUGGCUCUUCCUGUGUUGUGUUUGUCAGGUUUUGUCUCUUUCGUUUCUGUUUGGGUCUGGGGUUUGGGUUGGUGUGUCUGUUUUGAGUGCGGGUAGGGUCCGUGUGGGAGUUUGGUGGUCUCAGCCCAUGGGUGGUCGCCUCAUAUAGGCUGUAGAUGUGGAGGGUUUCCAGUGUGAUGAGAUCUGGGUCUACGCCUAGUGUCUGAGGUUGUCCUCUUAUAUUCGCAUCUACUGCUGGUGGUCAGGUUGUGCGGAGUGUGGUAUUUUGUUAAAUGUUGGGCGAGUUCCCCAGUCUUGUGUUUGUGCAUUGAAUCGUGAAGUUGGUGUGGGGGGGGGGGUAUGUGUAUAGGGUUGGGGGGGUCUAUGUGGGGUCCCAGUGUGUUAUUAGUAGGGGGUCUGGUUUUGGGGGGGGGAGGGAUCGCGGCUUGUUCCCGGGUCCUCCGCUUACGGUGCCUGUAGGUGGUGUUGGGUCCAUGGGUCCCAUAUCUUGUGGAAGUUUCGAGUUGUGUCGUGUAGUAGGGCGGACAGUUUGUCCAUUUCCAUUGUUUCUUGUGUUUUGUGGAUCAUCGUGGUUAGUUGGGGUGUAUUCUGAUUGCCCCAUUGUUCUGCUAUUGUUCUUCUGGUAGCUAACGCUAAUCUGGCCACUAGUUUAUUUUGCGCUCUGGUGAGGGGAGGGUGGGGUUUUGAGAGCAGCCAUAUCCAGGGGUCUCUUGGGAUAUCUGUUUCUAAUAUGUCUGACGCGAGCGUGCUCACUCUUUCCCAUAUUUGUAGGACUUGGGGACAUUCCCACCAGAGGUGAAUGUAAGUGCCCUUCUGUGUGCAGCCUUUCCAGCAGGUGUCUGUGGUGGCGAGGCCCAUUUGUUUCAGUCUGAGCGGUGUGAGGUACCAUCUGAGUAGGGUUUUAUAGGCUUGUUCUUUAUGAUUAACGCAAAUGGUAAGUGAGGCCGUGGCUUCCCAUAUGUCUGCCCAGUCUGUAGGGUCUGCGGGGGGGCCUAUAUCUCUUUCCCAGGCCUUGGUGUAGGAGAGUGCGUCCUCUGGGGAGUUUGAGUUUAGGAGUGAGUAUAUUUUUGUGAUUUGUCCUUUCUGUAUGGGUGCGUGGAGGCAUGUAUUUUCGAAUUGUGUUGGUUUGGUAGUGGCGGCCGUCCUAUUUUGGGGUUCGUUGAGAAAGCUGCGAAUCUGUAUGUAGCGGAAGUGAUCGAAUGUGGUCAGGGGUGUUUGUUUGGGGAGGUCCUGGAAGGGGCAGAGUUGUUGGCCUUGGAAAAAGUGUAGGAAUCGUAAUAGUCCAUUGUCCUCAAAUCGUGAGAAGUCUUUGGGAGUUAGGCCCGGGGGAAAUUGCUUGUUUCUUAGGAUAGGUGUGAGGGGCGAUGGGUUGUUGAUUAUGGGAUGUUUUGAUGUGAUGUCGUCCCAAAUGAGAAAAGAUGUGGUUAAUGUAGGGGUGGUUAGUGGCGUGGGUGGUCUGUCCUUCUUGGGCAGCCAAAAAAGUAGUGAUGGGUGGUCUCGUCCCAGGAGAUCGUGCUCUAGGUCUACCCAGAGCUUGAAUCCUGGUGGUGCGUGCAGUUGUUGUAUUUGGGCCAGUUGGGCCGCUUGGUAGUAAUGGUAGAAGUUCGGGAGGCCCAGGCCUCCUGAUUUUGUGGUUUUGUACAUUGUGGAUCUUUUUAUGCGCGGUCUCCUGUUUGACCAGAUAAAUCUGUCUAUGUGUACCUGGAGCGUUUUAAAGUCGUGUUUGGAAAUGGGUAUUGGUAGUGUUUGGAAGAGAUAGAGGAAUCGGGGGAGGAGAUUCAUUUUUAUUGAGGCUAUGCGUCCUAUCCAGGAUAUGGACAUAGGUCCCCAUUUUUGCAGAUCUAAUUGUGCUUGGUGGAGUAGUGGUGUGUAGUUCAGGGCAUAUAAUGUGUUCAGGUCUGCUGGGAGAUAUGUUCCUAGGUAUCGUAUAUUGCUUAGGUUGUAUUUGAAUGGAUGGGUUAGUUGUAGUUGUUCCAGGGUGUGUUGUGGUAUUGCUAUCGGAAGGGCCUCUGUUUUCUCCAGGUUUAGUUUGUAUCCCGAGAGGGUUGCGUAUUGUUGUAGGAGUGUUAGUAGGGGUGGUAAAGAUUGGAUGGGGUCUGAGAGUGUGAGGAGGAUGUCGUCAGCAUAUGCCGCUAUUUUGUAUUCUUCUGAUCUUAUCUUAAUGCCCUGUAUUGUCUGAUCAUUUCGUAUGUUUUGGAGAAGAGGUUCAAGCGAAAGGGCAAAUAAGAGUGGUGAGAGUGGGCAGCCUUGCCUCGUCCCGUUUUUGAUUACAAAUUCUGGGUGUUUAGUAUUGGGGAUAAGAAGUGUGGCCGUGGGCUGGUCAUAGAGGGCUUUCAGGGCGUCUAGAAUGGGGGUCGGGAAUUUGAAUUUCUGGAGGGUGGCAAACAGGAAUGGCCAGAGCAAUCGGUCAAAUGCUUUUUCAGCAUCCAUUGAUAAGAGGAGGGUAGGGGACUGUCUUUUGUGUGUUACCCAGAUCAAGUCAAUUGUUCGUCUCGUGUUGUCUGCUGCCUGUCUUGUGGGGAUGAAGCCUACCUGGUCAGGGUGGAUUAAUUUCGGUAGGAGUAGUUGGAUCCGGUUGGCUAGGGUUUUGGUGAUUAUUUUAGUGUCUACGUUGAGUAGAGAGAUGGGUCUAAAGUGGCCUGGGUCGAGAUGUGUUUUGUCCGGUUUUGGGAUGAGGCAGAUGUUCGUUCUGAGCAUUUCUUUGGGGAGUGGGUUUCCUUGGAGGAGUGAGUUCCCUAGAGCUGUGAGGUGCGGUAUUAGUGUGCUUGCGUAUGUCUUAUAAUAAAGACCUGUGAAUCCAUCCGGUCCUGGGCUUUUGUUGGGUUUAAUGGUUUUUAGUGUGUUUGCCAUUUCCUCCGUCGUGAUAGGGGCAGACAGUCUUUCUAUCUCCGUAUUCGUUAGUGAUGGGAGAGGAGUGUUCCGGAGGUAUGUCUCGAUGUCAUGUGUUAGAGUUGGCGAUGGAUCGGGGUUGUGAUUUAUAAAGUGUUGUGAAGUAUUGGGAGAAAAUCCUCGCUAUACUAUCCGGGCUUUCGUGUGUGCUUCCUCUCGGGGAGUUUAUUUUAGUAAUGCGUUUAUUGUGUGUUUUUUGGCGUAGUUUACGGGCUAAGAGGGUGUCUGCCUUGUUUGAUUUUUUAGUAAAAGAGCUGUUUACUCCAUUGGAGGGCUCUUUGUGAAUCUUUGGCCAUGUAGGAUUUGAUGGCUUGUUGGUGGAUUUUGAUCUGUGUUAAGAUCGGUGGGGUUGGGUGUUGUUUGUGUUGAAUCUCUAGGGCUCUCAGCGAGAGGAGGUGGUCCUUCAGUUCCUGCAAUUUUUGCUUUUUGUGUUUUGUGGCCUCCGCUAUUAGUUUGCCCCUUAUGGUCGCUUUGUGUGCUGCCCAUAAUAUGCCUGUGGAUUCUACUGAGUCCUUGUUGAGUUGGAAGUACUCUGUGAGUGUCGUUUGGGUGGACGCCCUUAUUUCAGGGAUGUGUAGGAGUGUUGGGUUUAGUCGCCAUGACCAUGUUCUAGCUGUUUGUGGAAUUGAGAGUGUUAGGGUUAUCUCUGCGUGGUCGGACCACGUGAUCGUGCCUAUAGAUGUUGUAAUGUCUUGGGUUAGGAGGGACGGGGAUAUCAGGAACAUAUCAAUCCUAGAGUAUGAGAGAUGAGGGUGAGAAUAAAAAGUGAAGUCGAGGGUUGUGGGGUUUUGCAUUCUCCAUACAUCUUGGAGACCUGAGUGGAGUACAAAGUUCAAGAGUAGUUUGUCUAUUUUGGCUGCUGGGGUAGUUUUACCAGUACGUGUGGGUUGUCGUUGUCGGUCUGUUUGGGGGUUGAUGACCGCGUUAAAGUCCCCCCCUGUGAUCAUGUGGUGGGAGGGGAACAAUUUGAGGUGGGCCUGGAUGGCUGUCCAGAAGGACGGGUCUGGGUUGUUGGGGGCAUAUAGUGUAGUGAUCGCGUAUUUGUGAGUGCCUUGCUGUCCUGUUAUAGUGAGAAAUCUGCCUUGCGGGUCAGCUAUAGUGUUUGUGAAGCUGAUGGGGCAUGUGUUCCGGAUGAGUAUUGCCACUCCAUUACGUUUUCCGGUUGGGGAGUUUGCUAAGUGACAUUCUUUGUAGUGUCUGUUUCUGAGUGGGAAUGGUCUCGAGGUCUCAAAGUGUGUUUCUUGGAGGAGUAUUACGUCUGCUCCCGUUCUAUUGGCCCAGCGCAUCAGCUGGUGGCGUUUAGCUGGGUUGUUUAGGCCUUUGCAGUUGAGUGAAAUGCACUUCAUUGUGCUGAAAUUGGUUGGGGGUGUGGGUCUGUUUAGUGAUUUAGAUUGCGAAGGACCCAGGGUUUCUCGCCCGAUUGGUUCCGGGGGGGGGAGGGGGGGGUUGUGGGGAGUGGGGUAAAGGUAAGGGUUGUGGGGUUUUAGUAUCUAAAAAGGGGUGAAGAACGGGGUGACGGUGUGCCCUGGUCUUACUAUAGGAUCGCCAGGUGGUGUUGGGGGGGUUGUAUGUGGUGCCUUAAGGGUUGGGGUAGGUGUGGUGUGGUCCCCUUGUGGGGGGUACUGUGGGUUGUGGUGAGGGAGAGAGGAGGAAGGUUUUUCACAUUCCCGGUACCCUCUCUCCCCCUGCACAAUUGCCAGUGUAUCACUCACGGUUGGUCGGUGGGUUCUUAGUCGGUUCGUUGUGUCUAUUCUUAAGGUGGUUUAUUGGUACGGGGUAGGGAUGCUCCGUUUUCGGUCUUUCUUUCUUCUGUGUCAUAUGUGAGUCUGUGUUGUCACUUGUGAGGUUCGCUUGGAAGAGAAAGAAAAUAUAUUAACAUAUAUACAAGAAAAACAUUAACAUUUUGUAAUAACUGUGGUUUUUGCCUCUGCUUAACCUGUGUGUUGACUUCCAGGGAAGUUAAUUAUCUUGGGUAACUGCCUAGAUGUGCCUUGUGUGGGUUUUCACUUAAUUCUAUCCCCCCUCUCCUCCCCUUCUACGUUUCUUUUUUAAAAACCCGGUUUCGUCUUCGUCCCACUCUUUCUUCCCCCUAUCCUGCUGUUGUCUUGUCCAUUGUAUGAUCAGUGUCAGUGUUAUGUGUGUGUGGUGUCCUUAGUCUGGGAGGGUGUAGUGAGUGUUAUUGUGUCUAGUGGUCCAUCUAGUCUGGAGUGUGAUUCACCCUCUUUCUUCUUGCUACUAGGCCCUACGUGGUCAGUCUUGUCUCUCCUUCUCUGCCUUAUCCCCCAUUACCCUCGUGGUAAUCAUGUUCUACAGUGUAGAAGAUUGCAAGAGUAAUGUCUCUAGAGUUCACGUAUUUUUCGUUUGGUUCUCUCUUCAGAUCCGAGGCGGUUUUGGAGUGGGGAUGUAUUUCACUGGGUCCGUUGGGUGUAAGGUGGUCAGGGCUCGGUGCGUUGGUGAUUUCUCCUCUGGUGUUGUUAUGAGGGUCAAGCUGUGUCCGUGAUGGUUUCAAAGGGGUACCGGUCCGGUAGUGCGGUGCGGGUCAGUUCUUGUAUGGGGGAUGUUUGAGAGUGUCGAGGGGGGACCUCUUGGUUUUAUCUCGGGGUGUGCCCCUGAGGGGGGGUUGCCAUGGGCUUGGGGUUCUCAUUGCUGUUGGUUCUGGAUCCAUGGGGCUGAUUCUUCGUGGUUAAGUUCCUCUUAUUUGGCGUCCGUCCUGUACUUCUAGCGGCCUGAGCGGUGCGGCGGGGAUUGUUCCCCUUGACGUCUAGCAGCGGUGUUGUCUUCUAUGGCGUGGGGGGGUCUUUUCUGUUUGGCCGGAUGCGGGGAUGCAGCCCUGUCUCUGGAGCGGUCUCUUCCCCUGUAUCCCGUUAGUGGUGUGGGAUUCUGGAGCUGAAUUCCUAGAGAGUCCGCCAUCGGGCCCAUUUCUGCGGCUGUGGUGAGGAUAUGGGUUUGGUCGCCUUUUUUGACCAGCAGUUUAAAGGGGUGGCCCCAAGUGUAUUUUAGCCCCUGUUCUUGGAGGGCCAAGGUGAGGGGUUUUAGAUCUCUCCUCUUCUUUAAUGUAGUUGGGGCCAAGUCCUGGAAGAAGGUUAGGUGGACGUCUUUAUACUUGGGAGGGCGGUUUCUGGCUAGUUGCAUUAGUUUUUCUUUGGUUUGGAAGUAGUGGAGGCGGAUAAUUACGUCUCUUGGGGUAGAGAGGUUCAGAUUUGGGGGUCGUAGUGCUCUGUGAGCCCGGUCCAUUUCCAGGAGUGGCAGCGGUAGUUCGGGUGCCAUUGCAGAAAAGAUAUCUUUCAGGGUGGUGCUUAGGGUCUCUGGCUGGACUGCUUCGGGCAGGCCACGGAUUCGGAUGUUAUUCCUCCGUGAUCUGUUGUUAAGGUCCUCCAGGUUGUCCUCCAUGGCCGUGAGGCGGCCAUGGAGGUAGGAGAUUUCCUGGGACUGCGAGGUGGAGGUAGCUGUCAGUGCAGUGAGACGUACCUCUGUCUGGUCUGUGCGGGCAGUCAGUGUCUGUAUUUCUGUUCUGAGGCCUGCUAAAUUUCUAGUGAUCUCUUCUGCCACGUGGGAUUUUAUGUCCACUGUGGCCUCCUUUAGCAUGUCCCUGAGGCUCCCGAUGGUGAGGGGGGUCGAGGGGUCAAGUGUGGGAUCGGGCCCCUCUGAGUCAGUACCUUGAUCAGCUCCUUGAUCGGAGUGGGUAGGCCUCUGGGAUUCCCCCGGCGUGCGGAACAUGGAGGCUACCGACGGGGUGAGCUCUUCUUUCCUUUUCUUCCCGCCGCCCAUAUUGUGGAGCCUGAUGCUGGGUGGUCGCCUGGGGGCUGUUUGGAGGGUGUUUGGGCCGUGUGUGAUGCGGAUGAUGGCUGAUUCUGUGCCUGGGGGAGAGGGAGCUGUGGGAUCAGGCGUCCAUCUUCCUCCGAGGUUAGGCUCCGCCCCCCAUACAUAUUUUUUUUAAAGUAGAAAACCCAGAGUAUUCAAUAUGGGGUAUGUCCAGACUUUUUUAGUAGCCACUUAGUCGCAAACACUGGCCAAAGUUAGCGUUCAUAUUUGUUUGUGUGUGAAAAAUGUAAAAAAACUAAAUUGAAUGCUAAUUUUGGCCAGUGUUUGUGACUAAGUGGUUACUAAAAAAGACUGGACAUACCCCAUUUGCAAUACCUUGGGUUGUCUUCUUUUGCAAAUGGUAUGCCAUCAUGGGGGUAGUUCUCAUUCCUGGGCUACCAUACGCUCUCAAAGGCAAAGUAACCAACCUGGCCAUUUUCAAUGUAAAAAUAUUUCACCCUGUAACUUUCAAAAACGCUAUAAAACCUGUACAUGGGGGGUACUGUUAUACUCAGGAGACUUUGCUGAACAUAAAUAUUAGUGUUUCAAAACUGGAAAACGUAUCACAACAAUUAUAUCAUCAGUAAAAGUGCUGUUUGUGUGUGAAAAAUGCAAAAAAAAAAGUCACUUUCACUGACAAUAUCAUCGCUGUGAUAUGUUUUACUGUUUUGAAUCAUUAAUAUUUGUGUUCAGCGAAGUCUCCCGAGUAAAAAAGUACCCCCCAUGUACAGGUUUUAGGGUGUCGUAGAACGUUACAGGGUAAAAUACAGUGCUAGCAAAUUAAAUUCUCUGGACUUUUGGCCUGGGUUGGCAGGCAGGUUCCUCAAAUGUAAAAUUACUUAAUUAGGUAAAACUAUUACAUAAAUACGCACAUAGAAUUUAAAUAUAUAAGCAUAUUUAUAUAUUUGAAGUCUACGUGUAUAUUUAUAUAAUUAUUUAUGUAAUUUUGUAUAUGGACAUAUGUAUAUUUUGUAUUUUUAUUUAUUUAUAUAUACAUAGAUAUAUAUAUACAAUUUCAUUCUUAUUUUAUUUUAUGGUUCAAUAAUGAACUUGCGUUGUAAGACACAGCCACCCCCCCUACAGCCAUUAACCAGUCUUUAGAAAUGCUCAAUUUGUGACAUUCAAUAUAGCAUACAUAGAAAUAAAAUGUCAUUUGAUCUCUUCUCAGGUUGCUUUGAUUUUGUAGAUGUCAGGUGCACAAUGAGAAUUUUUUAUCAGCUUCUAGAAGGGGUACAAUACAUCCAUUCAAUGAAAGUCCUGCACAGAGAUCUCAAGGUAAUGCUUUUCACUAUUUUUCGUUCUGUAGUACAACCUUUAGUGCACAUCUCGGGUAAACAUUUAAACCUGUUUAUCUCUAUUUUAACUUAAGUCUAAGAAAUAACAUGGUUAUUAAUGCAAGCAACCUCUCUAUCACCAGAUUCUUACUUGCACAUCUUGCACCAAAACAUUUAGCUAAAUUAAGCAGUUUUGGAGUAUAGAUCACUCUUCUGCAGUUCCGCUGCUCAAUUCUCUGCCAUUUAGGAGUUAAAUCACUUUUUGUUGCUGUUUUAUACAGCCCUUGACACCUCCCCUGGUUGUGACUCAGACAGCCUGCAUGAAAAUCGUUUCAGCACAAUGUGUUCACUUUAGAAGUUUGUAUCUCCUGUUCUUUUAUCUGAACUUUAAUCACACACUUGAAAUUCCUGCAGGCACUAGAAUGUUAUUAAAGGAAUACUAUAGUCACCCAGACCACUUCAUCUCAAUGAAGUUCCUGUCCCCUUAACCCAGCAUGUAAAACAUUGCGGGUUUUGAGAAACUGCAAUGUUUACAGCCACUAGAGUCGCUUUGAUUGCAAAGACAGAGUAAAACUCAGUCAUGUUACACAGAAGUCCUAAAGGAAAACUGACUCAGUGCUUUCCAGGGGAAAGUUUAAAUGAGCACACUGCACUCACCGUGCAUGUGCACCAGCUCAGUUGUCAGUCUUAUUCUGCUCACUCAUAUGUUGACGAUGAGAGGGUUAAAAAUGGAGUGUGCGGUUUAAUUUCUUACCUGCUGCCACUCCCCCUCAAAUGAACAUCAGAUGGCGAUUAAAAAAAAAAAAGGUUACCUAGUGGGACCUACUGAAUGGUUUCCCCAUUGGUGGUGGGUGAGGGUUAUAAUUGGUACAAUGUUAUUUAGUUAUUUAAAUAUUCUCCUUUUAAACAAAGCUGAUAUUUGUUAUUAUUUUUGAUUGGAGCUGUGGCGUUUGGGUCUGUAUGGUUUGACUAGAGCAGGGGUUCCCAACCAAGUCCUCAUGUACCCCCUACCAGUCUAGGAUUAAGGGAUUAACCUAUUGUGUCUAAAGUGUUUUUUUUUUUUUUCUAAAAACACAUUGGACGCAACUGGGUAAUCCCUAAAUCCUGGACUGUUAGGGGGUACUUCAGGACUGGGUUGGGAACCACUGGCUUAGAGUAAUGUUUAGUAAGUACACCAUUCAUAUUCCUUAGAGAAAAUGCUACUGUCUGGCGACAUUGGCCUAUAAACGAUAGAGUUGCUAGGUAUGGUUCUUCUCCGUUGUUAUGGGCAAAUGCAAAUAUUGUAUUUUUCAAAUUGUGUGCUUUGUCUUUAAGAGAUAUUGCAAACUGACAUGGAACAUAUGGUUUUUCAUACGUUUCUUUAAGCAAUAACCUUUUACCUACUUUCAGUGCAUAAUAUGUUUACGCUAUUUUGUCCCAGACAAAAUACAAUAACAAUAAUAUAUAAACAUGCUUCAAGGCUAUGCUACGACUCUUUCAGUACAUAAUAUACUGCGGUAACCCUAUUUAGAUAAAGAUGUUCAGACUUUAAGAUGCAAUUUUGACCUAAGUCAGGAAAAUUUCCAUGACGUAUGCACCCUUUAGUUAUGGCCUUGUAUUUUUGCCAAGUUAAGGGAGGUCCUAAAGUGAAUACAAGUAAAAGUUACUUUUUCAUAUAUGAACUACAGUAACCCUAAAAUGAAGACACCUAAGGUAUAAAUUGAGGUGUACUUUUAAAUAUUAGAGAACACAGAGAGAAGAGAUUUGGAGACAGACGCUGCUCCAUCUUAUAAUGACAGAGAGGUUGACAUGAUGACAUGUUCAGGAGGGUGUUAUUCUAUUAAUGAUAUUGCAAGCAUAUAGUUUAAUCUUAUAAACUCUGCUAUAAAUUAUUGUAAUGGAUUUUUAUGUCUAUAUUAAUUUUUUUUAUAUAAUAAAUAUCUAAAAGACAGCCCUUUAUUGCUUCCAAGAGGAUCUCUUACUAACUAUAUAAUAUUAUGGCUAAAGAUAUCUGUAUGGUUAGCCCUGCUAAAUUCUAUGCUUUAAGACAUUAUAGUGGUAAAUAAAGGAACAAGCCGCGGUUACACUGUCUUAGUAACUGGUAGCUUUGGAUUUCUGUAUUUACUAAAUAGUGAAUGGAUGAUUACUCUUAAAAAUGGUGCCAGUAUAACUGUGCUAUUGUACGCUGUUUGUGUAUCAUCUAAAAACAUAAUUUAACACAACUUUGUUCUUUGCAGCCUAGAAAUGUGUUUCUACAUGGCCCUGAUCUCCAUGUACGCAUUGGAGAUUUUGGACUUGCCUGUGGAGCUAUUCUACAGCAUUCCAGAGACCACUGGUUGCAGAAAGAUGGCGACAGCGGUAAGUAAUCUUGCAGUGCCAAGUCUAUAUAGGCAUGUUUAAAACAAGAAUAUUUGGGGGUAGAAGGCAAACAAGUCCAUAUAUAAUACAAGAUCAUUUUAGAACUCUCCACGCAGAAUCGCUCACCUUAGUUGGGGACAUUGACCUAAAAAAGCAGUGUCUUAAGUUGAAAAUUCUGGCGGAUCACGGGCCAGACAUGUUUCUUUGAACACUGCUGGAUAUAUCUGCUUUUUAGGUUCCUUGCACCAUCACUGACAUUACCUGCAAGCAGUGAAAAAUCAACGAGACCCGUCUUUUGGACUGUAGAAUGGGUAGGACCUUUUUAUAGGUUUUGGUUGCAGCUUGUGUGGUAGAUUGUAGUAUACGUCUGGACAAUUGCAAAAUCACUGCAACUAGAACGCUCUAUGUGAUUACAUUUUAUCCCUGUUGAAAGAUUUAAUGCGUUACCUUGAAACCAGUCCAGUUUAUUAACAUUCCAUUGAUAUGUUAAUGUACGAUUGUUUGUGUGCGUGACAAUUUAAAAAGAUACUUCAUGAUCUGAAUGGAACACUUUAUUUUUUAUUCAUUUCUCUUUAGAAUCAACUCGCACAGAGAGAGUAGGCACAUGUCUGUAUGCUGCACCAGAACAGCUAGAAGGAUCUAAUUCUAACUUUAAGGUAAGAUAAUAAAUUAAUGGCAUGGUACCGUGUGUAUCGACCGUAUAUUAAUUAUUUCUGCUUUCACUUUGAUAUAUUGCGAUCUGCUAUUUUGUCUGAAUGUUGCCAUAUAGGGCCUUGAGUCUCUUCUUUAAAUAAUGCCAGGCUAAACGUCCUGUGUAGCAGUACCAAGAUCUUUUCGUGACAAAUACAGUCGCCGUAUGGAUGUGGAUGAGUGCUCUUGUGUUAUUUCUAAUGCAUGGGCUGCAAUGAUGUUGCAGCAUGAAAGGCUUCAAUGAACUCAGAGUUAUUCAUUAAAUAAUACAUUUUGGGGAACUGAAAAACACAUUUUUAAAAGUAAUCUUUCAAAUUGAGGUUUUGAAUAAAGUGAUAUUGGAUCAUUUUUUUCUACUAGACUUUUUUGGCUUGUAUUUUGCAAUCAAUUUUCAAUUCUUUUGUAGUGAAAGAGUCAUUGAAUCUCUGAUUUGACUUAAUUAGGGAAAACCUAUUGCUGUGUUCUACUACCCCCUUGUGGCAAUGAUGUAGUAAAUGUGUUAAUGGCGUUUAUCUGUCUGCUCUGCAGUCUGAUAUGUACAGUUGUGGCAUCAUAUUACUGGAACUCCUUCACCCGUUUGGAACUGAAAUGGAAAGGGAGAAAGUCUUGACAGCUCUGAGGAGUGGAAUGUUUCCAGAAUCAUUUGAAAACCAAUGGCCUACACAAAGUAAAUACAUCAAACUUCUGACCAGUGCAGACUGCGCAACGCGUCCAUCUGCUUCACAACUUCUGGAAAGUGACCUGUUCUAUGGUGAGAAAAAUGUAAGUAUCUCAGAAUCGUGCUCAUGGAUCGAACUGCCUAAAAAUCACAGUGUUUGGCUGAGAUUGCCAGCUCUGUGCUUUCAGCCUAUCACAUCACCCGUAACUAGUAUGAAUUAGUAUAUCUAAGGAAGAAUGUUAUCUCUCAUAUCUUCAGUAGAGUCCAGACUGUGGGUGACCCUCAAUGUUAAAGGAACACUAUAGGGUCAGGAACACAGACCUGUAUUCCUGACCCUAGAAUGUUAAACCACCACCAUCUAGCCCCCUGAGCUAACCACCCAUCCCCCCUCUCACAUCAUAAAAUCUUACUUGUAUUCAAGUCUGCUGCUGCAGCUGGCUCUGCCUCUGACAUCAUCAGAAGUGGUGGCAUGAGACAAUCACAAUGCUUCCCCAUAGGAUUGGCUGAGACUGUCAAGGGGGCAGAGCCAGUAUCAGUCAAACACAGCCCUGGUCAAUCAGCAUCUCCUCAUAGAGAUUAAUUUAAUCAAUACAUCUCUGAGGAAAGUUCAGUGUCUGCAUGCAGAGGGUGGAGACAUUGAAUGGCAGUGCUGCUCCCUGUGCAGCACUGCCCCGGAAGAACCUCUAGCAGCCAUCUGAGGAGUGGCCAGUGAAGUUAUCACUAGGCUGUAAUGUAAAUGCUGCAUUUUUUUCUGAAAAGACAGUGUUUACAGCAAAAAGCCUGAAAGUAAUGAUUCUACUCACCAGAACAAAUUCAAUAAGCUGUAGUUGUUCUGGUGAUUAUAGUGUCACUUUAAACUGCUCAAAAAUGGUUAAACACUGUAUGGAGGGACAGCGCUAGUGAACUCUAGACACUGUAAUCAAUUCAAUGAAAUAGUUAUAGUUGCCCGGGUGUUUCCCUUUAAUAAAAUGUAUUGUGUCUGCAUUGUGACGGGAGAAACCUGCUGUAAUGUAGUGGUUUUGGUGCUAGGUUUUUCCUGAUGACCUUCCAGAGUAAACAGCUUAGCUGGGGUAUGCUGGUCACCGACAGCCACCUUAUCCGGGGCGGAAUGCUUCUGCCUUGAGCUGAGCCUUGCAGUGCAAAACGGAGCUCAUCAGCAAACACUCUAUGAGCCAGCCGUAUUGCAGGGAUUAGGAUUGUAGCAGCUUUCCGCUCAAUGGGAAUCUGUGACAUUAGCCCAGUGGAUAUCCUAUAUUUGUCUAAUAUUGGCUACUAACACUGGGACGGUGCCAGGGUACUCCUGACACCAUUAACACUACAGGAGUCUAUAGUGGUUAUGGUACUUAGUGUUUAUUAAAAUUAUACUUGGUGUACAAUCUUAACUUAUUGUGUUACCCUCUACAAAUUUGUCAGCUGAUCAAAGCAUUCUGCUUAGUGAAUAAAUCUCUAUAUUUUCCUAAUAAUUAUUAAAGGGUUAUUCCAAUUAUCACAACCACUACAGCCCACUGUUAUGAUGUGAGGAGUACCUUGGCCUGGUUCUCCAAUAAUGGGGGAAACUGCUUAGAAAAGGUGUGCCCCCUUAACUAGGCUCUGAUGCUCACUGGUGGUCCGGUCACGUUCUUCUGGUUUCUGCAGAGCUGCGACAGUCACCAUUCUCUGACAGGGGGUCAGCUGACAUUCUGCGAUAUUACCAAUGAUGUUACCAGAGUUACACAUGCAACAGCAGAGGGUUUUAAAUUCCCAAAUACAGACUCCAGGCACCAUGACCACUUCAAAUCACUGGUCAUGGUGUUUGGAGUAACCCUGAUAAUACAAGACUCCUUAAAAACCAACACUCUGUACUUUUGGCAGGUGAUUCAGGAUCUGAGGAAAAAGGUGCUUGACCUGGAAGAAGAAAAUGCAAAAUUAAAACAGAUGCUGCAAGAACAGACUUUGUCCUCAACCUCAAGGGAACGUACUGGUAUCAAAGACACAGCAGUUUAAUUAUUCUGUAAAUUACAGUACAAAAAUUCUUGCCAAACAGUUCCCUUACCUGUGUUUUGAUGUAUUUUAGUAUAAUAAACUUUAUUUAUGCAAAUCUGGUGUGUCUGGUUUUCAUUAAUUGGUUCUAUUUUGGUCCAACAAACAUUUUUAAAGGGAUAUUCUAAGCACCAAAACAACUUUAGCUUAAUGAAGCCAUUUUGGGGUAUACAAACAUACAAAAUUAAGCCAUGCGCUCAAACUUCCACUACAACUGGGCGGCAGCUAUUACUAUAGUACACAUCAGUCCUAAUACAUAGAACAAAAAGAAAAGGUUACUUCGAACAAUCCCAAAUCCCUAUGCACAUCUAAAUAACUGGAAGUAUCACUCCAAUGGCCAUUAAAGUGUACGCUUACUGGCUACGUCAAGGCAGAAACUCUUACGCUAACAAUUUAUUUUGCUUCAGGAAUGGUCUAUAAAAGUGACUUGGUUUAUAGAUUCUUAGGCUAGUAGUGAAUGUAAAAUUCACAUAAGUAAAAAUAUGACCUACAUCCAGUGUGACCAUAUAGAUGUCUGACUCUCACCCCAGCAUCCCCUACAAUCCACCCAAACGCACUAUCCUAUAUGUGAAUACAGCUUUGCCGUGGCAACACACAUAAACAGAGCCAGUUCUCUAGUCCAAGCAGAUAAACCUGUGGCACAGUAUCUUACUUACCAUGUCAAGUUAGUAUCUUUUUCUAGUACUUCACUUUGGCAUAAAAAAAUUUAACCGCUUAUCUCACUGUCCAUAUUGGGUGAUAAGGCUUCUCACAAAUAGAUGUUGACACUCAAAAUUACAAUCUACCAGGUAAUUAGCUGCCCUUUCUCUUUAAAGAUGAGGAGGGAAAAAGUUACUAUUUUUUUUCCCCCUAUCUUAAAUGAUUGUUUUAUUGUGUAAUAAAGUUUGUACAAAGUAAAGUCUUUUAGACAAUCUUCAAUUUAAAUAUGGAAAAGCUCUAGAACUGGGUCUAAUAUGAACCUGCACUGCAUUAUAGCAUCUCUCGAGUCUUGCACAUAAUCUGUGUAGGGGUGAUCACUCUGGAUUGUUGUGCUUGUUAUGAGUGCCAUAUCUAUGUUUCAAUUCCUAACAUAGUCAGGGGACAUAUGCAAGUUGUAGGAGGUUAUUCCAUUUAAUCUUGUUACGCUCUCCAAAUCUAUCACUUCUAUUUAGCAGCUAGUAUCUAUUAUUCACAAGAAUCUUCCAGUUAGAGUCAACCUGCCUACUGUGCCAGAAAAAAAGUUAAAGAAUGUGUUUUAUUGCAAAGUACAUUUUAUCCACAAAUACAUUAAUUUGGAUUUCUAAAUGUGAUACCAACCGUUAUAUUUCACAAAAUUUCAGCCAUUGUUCUUAGGGUUGUUAGAAGAUGACCACACUUUGUGAUCGAUUUCUUCCACCUGUACUCUUAAGUAUGCUCCUUCUGAUUGGAAGACUUCCAUCACAGUGUGAGAACAUAUCACUAAUGGUUAAACUUAACUGAUAUGGAGUACAUAUCUUAAACAUUAGCUGCUAAUAAGUACUUCUGCUCCCGUGGGGGAAAUGGCAACUGUUAUUUUGAUAUCACACUGUAGUCUUGUUAGAGAGUUGUUCCCACCCCUCAGAUAGUGCAGGUUUUAUAAGGGUCCUCAACGCAACAGGGAAACCUAAUUCUUGAACUGAUUUUCUUUGUGGGUUGGGAACCCCUUCUCCAAGGAAACUUACUUAGGGGAUUAUAUUGCAUGAGGAUUCCUGACAUGGGACCACACCAUAACUACUGAUGGUGUUAGCCACUCACCUUGAACAAUGAAAUCGGGUGAAUGUGGAGAAAUACUGAUAGAAUAAGGGAGUAAAAAAAAUAGAGUGAGAUGGGGGACACACUCUGGGUUUUAUAUGAAAGUAAGAGUAAAGGAAAGGAAUGGAUUUUCAGUUUUAUUGACGAGGCAGAAUGAUAUUGUACUGCCAACACAUAUCUCUUCCUUAUAUUAUUGUCUUUGUAGAAUAUUACAUAUUCUAUGUUCCUAUUCAUAACAUAUCAAGCUUCUGCAUUAGAAUAAGGUCAGGACAACUGGCAAUGUACUUCACAUUUCUCGUAUAAUGAAGGCAAAAAGCCUUGCAGAACUAAAUGUGGAAAAAAAAAAAAAAAUCCAGAAUGGGUAAAUUUUUUUACUUUUUUUAUAGUAUAUGCCAAUAUAAACAGUUUGGGUUUUUUAUAAAAGGCACCUUGUGAAGUUGGUUGACUUCAUUCUGAAUGCAAUACACAAAUAACUGCAAGGGUCUACAUGCAAUCCACUUGGUAAAAAGGUCUAGACAGGCAUUGUAUUGUUAAAUUAGGAACCUGCAGUGGUCACCACUUUAAUUUGGUUACUUAAGGAGUUUAAGAGCCGCCUUGAAGGAUGUAAGAUUUUCACAAGACUUCAUCCACUUCUGGACAUUGGGUGGGAGAGCAGUGGAGUUGCCAGAUUGCUGAAUGGCGCACCAACUAAUGAUAUCGGCUAUAGUCAGUUCGUUGCCUACUAGCCAGGGAGACUUGCCCAGGGCUGUGCUCAGGGCUCUCAGAACGGCAGCCUUCUCUUUGCUGCUUCCAUCCCGGAGCUGAAAAAUUGCAGUAUCGACCCAGCUGUCUAUCAAUGUUGCAGUGACUGCAUUAAAGGAGUGCCCGAAGAGAGAGAAUAGGAAUCGAGCGAUGUUCCCUUCACCUUCGAUUGGACACAUGUUCUGGAUGCUGAAUUUCAUCUGUGGUUUGGGCAC